AUACGAGAACGUAUUGGAGACAUUGGAGUAAUUCCAGAAUGACAAGUUUGUGUUGUAUUGUAUAUUGAUUGUGCAAUGAAAAUGUAUUUCGAAUUGUUUACAAUAUAUUAAUAUUCCGUUAUGUAUUAAUUAAUUGCAAAGAAAAUGGGCCGAGGACUAUGAACUAAGUACGUGCUCAUUUGUGCAUGCACAGUGUUGCGUAGUUUGUUUCUUGCUCAUCAUAGGCCAUUGAAAUAAUGGUUGAGAACGGCGGUUCGAGCGGGGGCAGCGACAGCCCUAACGCGACUUGCGGGCGGUCGGGUCUGCUGGAGACGCUGGUGCGCGGGGUGUGGUACCGGGUGCACUGCUCCUUGGAGGACGACUACUUCAGUGUGUGCCUGGACGACGGGUACGAUGCGACGACAACUCUCAAUGGCACCCUCAACAAUAACAAUGUCGAAACACCCAACAGUGACUUCACGGAAGUGCCGGAAGCGAUCGCGAAUCAAAAACGACUAGUGCAAGUGGUUAAAUCUGACAAUAAUGGGCUUGGAAUAUCAAUUAAAGGUGGAAUAGAAAACAAUAUGCCCAUAUUAAUAUCAAAAAUAUUCAAAGGUAUGGCAGCAGACCUGACUGAACAGUUGUAUGUUGGUGAUGCUAUCUUGUCAGUCAAUGGAGAGGAUCUUAAGGAUGCUACACAUGAAGAAGCUGUAAAGGCUCUGAAAAGAGCUGGCAAAAUGGUUCAGUUGGAAGUGAAGUACCUCCGCGAAGUGACGCCAUACUUCCGUAAGGCGUCAAUCAUAAGCGAGGUGGGAUGGGAGCUGCAGCGCGGCUAUAUGGCGGAGGCGCCGCCGUCGCCGCCCUCGCCGCGCCGCCGUCGCGCCGAUACACGCUACGUGCCGUUGUUGAUGGCCUGCGUGGCCAAGAAUCUGCGCCACCACGAUCCAGAGGAUCGCACGAUCGAGGUGUAUUCGCCGGACGGCGUGCACGCGCUGGCGCUGCGUGCGGGCGACGCGGCGAGUGCGGCGGGCUGGCACCGCGCGCUGCACGCGGCGGCGCGGCGGGCGGCGCGCGCGGCGCUGGCGCGGGCGCGGCCCGGGCUCCGCUCGCUGCUCGGCGACGUGCGCUACGCCGGCUGGCUGGCGCGCCGCCCCGCCAUGGACCAUAUCAGCGCAUCUGGUGGCUCCGACAGUUCCGACGAAGCCGAAGGAUGGCAGCCCACCUUUGUAGCUAUCACGGACCGAGAAUUAAGGUUGUACGAGGCGGCGCCGUGGUCGGCGGAGGCGUGGAUGGCGGCGGGCGAGGUGCUGGGGCUGGCGGCCACGCGGCUGGCGUGGUGGCGGCGCGGGUUGUGCGCCGGCGCGGCGGCGCUGGGCGUGCGCGCGGGCACGCCGGCCGGGCUGGCGGUGCGCGCGCUGCGCGCCGACACGCCGCACGACCUGGCCGCCGUCGCCGGCGCGCUCGUAGACGGCGCGCACCGCGCCGUGCGCGCGCAGCCAGAGUUCACCUUCCGUUGCCGGUUCCGGGGCUUGUGCGCGCGGCUGUCGCUGGGCGCGGGCGGCGUGUGCGUGUGGGAGGCGGCGGGCUCGCUGGGCCGCGGCGGCGCACGCGCGCUGUACCGCCGCCCGCUGCACGCGCUCAAGGCCUCCGCCGACGACGACCGCUCCGCGCUGUGGCUGCACUUCACGGACGACGACACCGUGGAACUGGAUAUGGAGGGCAGUCCGAAGCCGGCCGUGUUCAUCCUGCACAACCUGCUGUCCGCGCGCGUGCACGCGCUGCCCGAGGACUCUGCGCAGCCGCUAUAACCGCACCGCUAAACAUCUGUGAGUCACUCCCACUAUUACCGACCUACUAUUCCACCGGCGGGGCGGCAAUUCUGUACUACGCAGGAAUUACGCAGGAUUUUCAUUCAGCUCGUUAGAUGUUGUAGUUAUUACGAUCUCGGAAAAAUGCCGAGAAAUCUUCAAACAGAAUCUCGAAUAAAUAAUACUCCUUCGAUUUUUUUCUUGUUUGUUAUGUUUAUGUGAGACUUUAAAAAUCUUGUUAUAAUUAAAUACGAUUUUGGUGUGCAUAGUGAUCAACAUUGAUGUUGGUCGCGGACGAUGGCCGACAGGCCGCUUUAGUGCAAUUAUGGUAAAUAUUAAUGUAUUUUACGAAAUAGGAAGCACAACUAGUGCUCAGUUAAGGAUACUCCCUUUACUCCCUCUCCCUUACUAAUUUCAAUGAUAUAGGGGUCAACGGUAAUUGAAGGGUUUUUUGGAAGUGGUAACUAUUAGGAACAAACGCUCGGUAUUAUAUUAUGCCGUAGUAAAACUGGUAAAUGCUAUUGUGCCAUGGUUUUAUGUUAUCUGUUUUGAAAUUAUGAUAUAGUUAUCACAUACUCAUGUUCCCCUGGUUUUAAAAUAAAAUGGCAUGUAUACACAUACAACAAACAUGUCAUGAUAAUUUUUUUUAGUAAAAUGGAGGAGCGGAUUCAAAGUACGUAAUAUUUUCUAACCUUAAACCGAGGCAAGGUACGCAAUAUUAAUUUGGAUUAUUGUCCCAAUACAACACUUUAUACUCUAUUUCGAAUUCAAAAUUCAUAGUAUUGAAAUAAAUGGUAGCCACAUACACACCUUUUUGGUGUAAUAAGAAACUUACUUUUAUAAGAAGAACGAAACAUGUCGGACCUUAUGCAAAAUAAUCGAAACUUAUUUAUUCUGCCUAUCAAAGCUUUCUUAUUAAGUGAUUUAUAUCUUAGUACUUUUAUAUACAAUAUCUAAGCUGUAAAUAGCUAUUAUACUUUCUAAAUCUUUACAUUUCCCUAUUUAAGGUAAUUGGUUUGCUUUAAUAUUUGUAGUGUUCAAUCUUAAGAUAUAAGACGACAUAUAAACUAGGCUAAUUUUUAUUAUGGUUAAGAUUAAUGUGUAGUGACGUAGCGAAGUCAUUUGAAUAACGACAGGCAAUAUUUAAGGUGAUAAAAAAGGUUAGAAAUAUUUAUUUUAUUACCACAUUUACGUAUGUCAUAUUUUGUAAGCGUACAAUAUGUAACAGAACAAAUGUAUCGGAUUCUUUUUAUAACUAAGAGUCCCGGUGUUGCCGGUGUUUAUUGGAUCGUACCUACUCCUCUCUUUCAACGCCUUUUUUCUAGUUAUAAGUAUUUAUACUCUUUACCUAUUGGAAAUUAAAAACAAUGUAAUGAUUAUGUUAUAUUAAUAUUUACUUUACCUUCUCGAAAUAUUGUUUCGUAAAUUGUGAAUCUCGCAGCUGUUUGGUUAAGGCUUUAAUUUUAGACAACCGAAGAGGCGUAAUUGUAUUGUUAUUUGUUAUUAUUAAUAAAUUUAUAUUUUACAUAAUUAUUAUAAAUCAAUUGAUUCGAUGAUGUGUAUAGGCUGGAUUGUUAUUAGCCUAUUAGUAUGUGUUUACGUUAUCCACAGUAUCAACAACAAUACGUAUACAGUACCGUUGGUAUGGAUACGUUACUUAUAAAAAUCUAUACUUCUGAGUAAUUAAUUACGUACAGAAUGACAAUUAGGGAUGUGUGCCUUUGUAAAUGAAUUCAUCUUUGCAGUGUUAAGGGGCCCACUGAUUACCAGUCCGCCAGACGAUAUCGGCCUGUCAGUUGUUCGGAACUGUAAAAUUUUAGUUCUAACUGACAGGCUGCUAUCGUCCGGCGGACUGAUAAUCAGUAGGCCCCAUUAAAGCAUUAUAAGCCAUAGUCCCGCCGACAACAAAGAAAUGCUCAAAUUAUUGUCCACGGCUACUCUUAAGGGGCCCACUGAUUAUCAGUCCGCCGGUCGAUAUCAGCCUGUCAAUUAGAACAAAAAGUUGAGAGUUCCAAACAACUGACAGGCUGAUAUCGUCCGGCGGACUGGUAAUCAGUGGGCCCCUUCAGAAAAAUAUCUGUUAAUAUGUGUCAAGUCAGGGCCAGUCGCAGUAUUAUUAUCAGGUGUAUUCAUUGACUAUACUAUUUUAAGAUUAAUAAAAAAUAAGUUUGAGUAAUACGGUUAAAGCUGUAUUGAUUUUAAGGUGAAUAUGAAUACCUUGAGAUCUGAACGAACCAACAAACUACAUGGUUGGCGCAAAGAAAGACUAACGUGUAUGCGCAACCCUACACAGUCACACCAUUGUGUGUGUCAAUUAUUGAUGUGAAUCAUGUGACAAGUGGCGAUGCAAAAGUUUUUUCGAUGAAUGUGGUCGUAAGUGGACUUAAAGGCGAGAGUAGGAUCCUUGAAAGUUAUUAACAAGUGCUCACCAUAAAAUAGCUAGUCAUCAAUGUAACGUUACAUCACAAAUGCCACCAUGACUCUAGUCUCAUAACUAAACCUGCCUGGUUUAUUGACAUGAUACAGUACCAGUCAAUAACAUGUCACCUGAAUCUUAAAACCAUUGCCUAUUAGUAUUUUCUAUCGAACGACAAGACAAGGUACACAGAAAAGUGAAAUUCAAAGUACCAGAAAAACGCUUUCUAUUCCGGAUCGCAAAUGAAUAGGUUAUUUUUCUACGAAGGCACGUUCCAUCAUAAACCUCUGUAUUCGCUUCACGUCACGCGGUAUUAACGGCUAAGCGUAAGCAAUUGAAUUUAAAAAAAAAAACCGCCCAAGUGCGAGUCGGACUCGCCCACCGAGGGUUCCGUACUUUUUAGUAUUUGUUGUUAAAGCGGUAACAGAAAUACAUCAUCUGUGAAAAUUACAAUUGUCUAGCUAUCACGGUUUGUGAGCUACAGCCUGGUGACGGACAGACGGACAGCGGAGUCUUAGUAAUAGGGUCCCGUUUUUACCCUUUGGGUACGGAACCCUAAAAAUGAAUGUAUCAUAUCUUCACGUAGAUCGAUAGUUAGGACUUCUUUGAGGUCGAACAAGGAAUGAAGGUAAAAUGAAUAGAUUAUGUAAAAAAAAAAUACACAGGUGACAUAUUAUUCGCCCUUACUGUUCAUUCCAGUAAUACUUGCCCACUUAUCUAUCCCUGUAACUGCUGACUGAAAUACCUACUCUUAAAUUUAGACGCAUUAAAUUGCGUCAACUUGGUGGAUGCUUUGUAGAACGACUUAUCAGCGAACGGUCUCAUUGCGAAGAGUCUCGACCAACACCUUGAGAGAUUCUCGCUAGGUGGUUGCAUCAAGGGUCAGAUGCAGAAGGCGGUGAUCUUGGACACGGCGCGGAUAGUCCGCCGGUUCCUCUCUGCGGCUUAUUAUUAUUAUUACAUUUUAGUUCGAGCAGCUAUCGCAUUAUGUUCACGUGUGUUGUUGAAAUUGUACUGUUAGUGUUUUGAUUUUGUGUUAAAUACGUGAUGUUUCACAGCUAUUUUUAAUCGAUUGUUUACUUCAAUAUAAUACCCAUGUACCUAUUUGGUUUAAGACAUUAGACAUUCAAGCUUUUACUUGUACGUACAGUUGCAGACUGUACGUGUUUAUGUACACAACGUGUUCUCCAAAUUGUGUGGGCAUACCGAUAAUAUGCAAGUACAGUCGCCAUCAGAUA